GAGAGAGAGAGAGAGAAGAGAGAGAGAGAGAGAGAGAGAGAGGAGAGAGAGAGAGGAGAGAGAGAGAGAGAGAGAAGAGAGAGAAGAGAGAGAGAAGAGAGGAGAGAGAGAGAGAGAGAGAGAGAGAGAGAGAGAGAGAGAAGAGAGAGAGAGAGAGAAGAGAGAGACAGAGAGACAGAGAGACAGAGAGGACAGAGAGAACAGAGAGACAUAGAAAAGGAGAGACAGAGAGCAGAGAGACGAGAGACGAGAAGACAGAGAGACAGAGAGACAGAGAGACAGAGAGACAGAGAGACAGAGAGACAGGAGACAGAGAGAGACGAGAGACAGAGAGACAGAGAGACGAGACAGGAGAGAAGACGAGAGAGAGAGACGAGAGACAGAGAAGAACCAGAGAAAGACAGAGAGGACGAAGACAUCAAGAGAGACCCAGAGAGACAAGAGAGACAGAGAACAGAGAGAAGACAGAGAGACAGCAGAGACCAUGAGAGACAGGAGACAGGAGACAAGAGAAGACAGAGAGACAGGAAGAGAGAGAGACAGAGAGAGAGACAGAGAGAGAGACAGAGAGAGAGAGAGAGAGAGAGAGAGAGAGAGAGAGAGAGAGAGAGAGAGAGAGAGAGAGAGAGAGAGAGAGAGAGAGAGAGAGAGAGAGAUCGUUUAUUGAACCACUUUUGUGGUAUACCAUUGGAACAAUUACAACUUCAUAUAAAUGUAUAA